AUGGACAUGCUCUCUUUCUAUAUGAUAGAUGGUGUGUUUUCUCCUUCAACACUUCCAAAGAGUGUAAAUCAGAGUGAACCGAUCACUGAGAGAAUAAUUGUUUUAUUUGUCGUGAUCAACAGUCAGGAAGAAGUACAAGGGAAAUACGUUGUGUGCGUUUUAUUUUUCCUUUGGAAUUUAUUAGAUGUGGUCAGGUACACUUACAACAUGCUAGCAAGGAUGGGGAUAUACUACCUACCACUGACAUGGCUCAACUUCUCACUGUGCAUCCCACUCUAUCCCCUUUCAGUUCUGGCUAAAGCAUUUGCAAUUUGUGUAUCACUGCCUUACUUUGAAUCCUUUGGCACAUACUCCAUCAAGCUACCAUUUCCAUUCGCCUUCUCCAUCUACUUCCCCUAUGUUCUGAAAAUGUACCUGCUAGUGCUCUUCAUAGGUAUGUGCUUUAUCAUCCAGAACCUCUUCUCUGAAAGGAAGACACACCUAGGGACAGGCAGCAUCAAAAAGAAAAGAAGCUAA